ACGUCUCGUGGGCCAGCGAACGGAAGUCGUACAUUGCAAUUCGUUGCUGGAGCGCUUCACUUGAAAUAUCCUUUUAUCUUUAGCCUUAUCCUCGUGUGUAACGGUUUCUGUGUCAUUCAAAACGCGUUCAAGUUUCAUUCAGAUUCAGUUUUAGUUUCAGUGGCACUCCAAAGUGCAAAGAACUGCGUGACCGUCCUUCGUCCCGUUGUCGUCAAUUAUUGGUUUGCGUGACACCAUCCGGUGGCCGCUAAUCCUUUUAAUCAGCUUAGGUCCUGGCCUUAUUGAGAGCAUCUUCAAAACACAAUAACAAUUCGGACACAGCACGUAUCCUGCGAUUUUAAAAAUUGGCGCCCUCGUAAACAGAAUUAGAAAUUUGACCGUCGCUUAAUUGUCAUCGAAAACUCAAUUUUACGGCUCACUUUAGUACAGCGAAAUACGCAAAUACCGCCGGAAUGAAGCUUGUCGUUUAUUUCUACUUGUCCAUGAUUGUGCUGGGAGUGCAGGCUUGGCCCACAGUGAAGCGCUCUUUUGAGCUCUACCCAGGCGCAGCAAUGCCCUACAACGAGCACAGAAUCGCAGAUUGCAUGCAUGUGGCUUCGGAGCCAGGUGAUUACAUCUUCAAGAAGUCGGUGUCAGCACCAACAGCACCACUGGCGGCGCUCAAUUUGCGCGGAGAUGCAUCACUGCUGGAGAUGGCAGCGGUUGCCGGUGAUGAGCUGGAGACAGCUGCUGCCGCUGCUGCUGUGGCUGCUGAAGGUGGAGCAGACACAGUUUGUGGUUUGUAUGUGAUUGGCGAACCAGACACAAUUGUGGAAAUAACCAUGAAACACUAUGACGUCAAUUGUGAGUCGGGCGGUCUAAUGGCGUUUGUUGAUGGCUGGGAACUGAAUGGUGAGUACUUUCCGGGUCUGAAGGAUCAUCAUCGCGUGCUCGAGGAUCGCGUCUAUGAGUUCUGCAACAACAACAAGCAGUGGCCACGCUACAGCAAUAAGAAAUUCUUUCGCUCCAGCCAGAAUGCUGCACUGCUGCAGUAUCGCAUCCCCACACGUGGCUCCUUUGUGGCCAAUGUGCGUUUCCACAAGAUUACCCAGCCCUGCAAUAUACUUGUCCAGGAUAGCGCCGCCGUUUACAAGAUGUCCAAUUUUGGACAUGCUCGCAACUGUACGCUCUCCGCACUCUUUCCGGCUGCCGUCUCCCUGGGUUCCAUACGCAUUGGUAGCAAGAGUGUGCGUGCCCAGGAUAAGGUCAAUUAUGAUUGUCAUCUAUUCGAAGAUCGUUUGGAGAUUGGCGGCUCGGCUGGAUUGGAUACCACUGGCAUGGAAAUGGCAAGUGCCGUCUGUGGCGCCACCAACGAACUUGGACCCGAGCAGGCCGUUUUCUGUGGCGUGACCAGUGUGCGUCUGUUGUCCACCGGACGUUAUCAGAAUCAGGCAACCGUCAUCAUACGCAAGGCCGAUGAGCAUGAUUUCGACAUUGCCACGCUGAUGUGCGCGCUUUAAGUGAGCAAAAUGAAAAAAAUAAACAACAACAACAACACUAACACUAACAAGUAAAUAAUAACAAAAGAAAAGCAAACAUAACGAUGGUAGAUCAGGGACGAGGCCGGCACAAGGAUUACAAUUUCACGUUUGUAAAUAUAAGUAUGUGGUUUGGAUAUGUAUAUGUGUGUAUGUACAAAGGUCAAAGAGAGCAAAAGCAAACCCCAACCCCAUUUCAACCUUGGAUUCUAAUGUAGCGCUUAAUCAAAUCCAAGCACAAAGUAUUCACAUGCCAACAAACUAAAUAGCAAAGCAAAAACCAAAAAAAAAAAAAUCGAAAAAAAUGAAAAGAAAAACAAAUUUUAUGUAAUUAUAUGUGUGUAUAUCAAAAACAAAAACAAAAAGAAAAAAUUCUGAAUGUUUCAAAACUACAAAGU